AUGCUGCUCAUCCUUUCCUUUCGCCGGUCUGCAAUUCGUACUGUCGCCGCUGCGGCGACCAAUGACAUCACUGGUGGCACCCUUGUCCGUGGCCAACCAGCAGCAGGCCAGUCGUCACGGUCGGUGGCCAUGUCGUCCUUGUCGCACAUGGUGACGGCUGCCCAGGCCGUGACUGAUUGCGACAGCGAUUACCUGAAAUUGGACUUCGUCUGUGAUCCGAGCAGGUUGCUAAGUCACACGGAAGCCGCUCUGCUGAACCGAACGAUUCCGGAAGGCUUUUCGUACUGCAGCCGAAACUCUGGAUCCUUUAGCACAGACUCCAGAGGCUACAACUUCGGCAUCGUGUUGCUGCGAAGUCUCUACGCCCCAGAUCUGGACCGCUGUCGUGGCGCUCGUCCAUCCGGCACCAGGCCCAAUAUGAAGGCGAAAAACGCAACCGUUCUUCUAGUCCUGGAACAGCGCUUACUGCAACAGAAGGCGGAUCUGAUGCGUCAACUGUGGAACGAGCGAUUGGUGCACUGCUCGGUCGACAUCCUGGUGAUAAUGGUGCAGACCGUGUACUUCUGCAUUAAGAACAGCAUGGUCGUCAGGCCCAGUAAGAGCCGUCGCUUGGCCAUCGGAGUCAGCCUCAGCCAACGCUUGAAGUCGAUGGUUUCCGAACAAGACGUGGUCAAAGAUUAUCAGAGCUUUUCGGACUUCACCGACGUUUCAGGUCUGAUCGACGGAGUGACCGUCAAGGACAUCCUGAAACUGUUCAGGGUCCUCGACGUCCUGCUACCGUCCGUCAGCGCGGUACCCCCAGGCGACAAACCCGCUGCCAGCGCGCUGCCCAGGCAUUACAUUCCUGAAAAUGAAAUUGCCGUGAUCAAUUGCCUUCGAUAUCUGAUCGUUCAUGAUUCGGUUAUGUUCGCAUUUUUAAACUACUUCGUGGUUGAAAAAAACAAGAUCGAUUCCCGGAAUUGA